AUGAGGGUGGAAAAAACCAAUCUGCUUGUUAUAAUUGGCUUUUUUCUCAUCUGGGUGCCUCUCUUCAAUGCUCAGCUACCAGGGCUUUCAACACGCUCCCUAGAUGCGCUUCUUCAAGACAAUGCUUUCGUGGCCUUCGGUGCUCACCCCAAAACAGGCAUUCCUUAUGAGAGCCACCACAUUCCCAGUAAUCUCAAUGGAAUUCAAGUUUCAGCUUUGAGGCUUAGGAGUGGUAGUUUGAGAACCAGAGGGGUUCAUAGUUUCAAGGAGUUUCAGAUCCCAGUUGGUGUUGCUGAGCAGCCUUAUGUGGAGAGGCUUGCUUUGGUCUACCACAACCUCGGUAACUGGUCUAAUUCUUUUUACCCUUUACCUGGUUUUUCAUAUUUAGCUCCUGUUCUUGGUCUCCUAGCCUAUAAUGCUUCUGAUUUGUCUGCUUCAAAUGUGCCUGAAUUGAGUUUAAGAGCAUCUGAUAAGCCCAUUUUGGUAAAGUUUCCAGAUUUGAAAUUAGGUCCUGAUGGGUUGUCACCAAAGUGUGUGUAUUUUGAUUUACAUGGUUCAGUGCAGUUUGACAAUGUGUUGCCAGGGAAUGUAUGUUCAGCAAUUCAAGAAGGACAUUUCUCUGUAGUUGUAGAGUCUAUUGCUCCUUCACCAGCUCCAGGUGUGGAGGUUGUUCCUCCUAUUGCUGCUAAAACUGCUAAAAAUGGUGGAAAGGACCAGUCUAAGGUGUGGAGAGUGUUUGGAUCUUUACUUGGUGGGUUUAUUCUAUUGGGUCUAUUGGGUUUAUUGGCUGUGUGGUUGAGAAGGUUCAAACAUGGGAAGAAGGUGCAGCAAAUGGAAUGCGUGGCAGAUAGGGGUGAGACUUUGCAGAUAACAACCUUUGGGAAUGCCAAGGCUCCUUUGGCCAUGGGAACUCGGACAAGACCAGUAUUGGAGAAUGAAUAUGUGCCUUAG